AAGAUUGCAGCAGAAUCCAGAGUUCGCAACGACUACUCGCAGCAUUUUGUCGAUACGAAAGCUGGCCAACUACCUGGAAAUGCUGUCCGAAACCCUUGGAAAGCAAGCCGGUUCGACGAAUACCCCAAGCUCAAGCGUCUGAUCAAUGCCAAGGCAGAUCUCCUGUCCAGCAUCUCACACCCUCCAGCAUACGUGCAAGCUGACUUGCUUCCCUCGACCAAACCAUCGCCCAUUCAGCCUUCGGCGCCUCGAGGACCUGAUGCACCCUUUCACCUGUCAAGUCUUCUUCCAAUCAAGUACGAUGCCGUCAUCAUCGACCCUCCCCUGGAGUCAUACGAGUGGGAGGGCGUCGCCAGGAGUGGAUCGUCUGCCAACGAAGUGUGGAGCUGGGACCAGAUCGCAGCGCUGCCAAUACCCCAGAUUAUGGCAAAGGAAAGCUUCAUAUUCCUCUGGGUCGGCAGCGGCGCUUCAGAUGGCCUGGAAAGGGGCAGAGAGGUAUUGUCUCGAUGGGGCUACCGCCGAAGCGAAGAUAUCGUUUGGGUCCAAACGAAUCACGAAGCCGUGAAAGGACAGACCAACCUCUCUCGGAGCCCCACUGCAUCGGUAUUUAGGUCAUCCAAGCAGCAUUGUCUGAUGGGGAUCCGUGGAACCGUGCGGCGCAGAGACGAUACGCGCUUUGUCCACUGCAACAUCGAUACAGAUGUCAUCGUCUGGGAGGGAGACGCUGACGAAAGCUUUGACGCUCGGGCCAAGCCGCCAGAGCUGAUGGAUCUCGUCGAGAACUUUUGCCUUGGUACGAGAAGGCUCGAGCUCUUUGGCAGAAACCGUAACCUACGAAGGGGCUGGUUGACUGUGGGAAAAGACGUAGGCCCCGAUCGCCCAGGCCGCGCUUCGGACGAAGCCCCACAUGCCUACGAGAAGCAGUGGUACGAUUCCUUUUUUGGUGUCGACAGGGUCGGAGCCACACUGAUUGAGCGGCGCAACCUCGUCCCGUUUUCCGAGGAGAUUGAUCGACUUCGACCUAAGAGCCCUCACUACAAGCGGGGAGAGCCGACAUCCACCCCUCCCACCUCGUCUGGGCCUCUGCCUCCUAGCGCGCUCGGCCUCGAAUCGCCUAGCACGCCGUCGCAAAUACUUCGCAGUCCUCUGGUAUCCUCUCGUUCGCACCAGCAGCAUCAAGUCCUCCGACCGGGCGGAGCAGGCUUUUCGGGCCUUGGAGCGGGCGGCCCAACUAUUGUGAGCGUUCCAAGUGGAAGCGAGAACCUGAGCGGACCACAAGCGAGCGUCCUGCUGGCUCAAGCUCAGGCCCAAGCUCAGGAGGCGGCUGCAGCUUCCAAUUCCGCCGGAGGCCAAGGCUCCAGUGCCACGGCGAGGCGCGGUGGAGGAGCUGCGACAACUUCGACGUCUGGCUUUGUGAGGCCACCGCACCGAAAGCAUUAAGAUGGGUUUUAGAUGCUAUUCUCUCUCGCUUUAUCCUCGUCUCAGAGGCGCAUCGUUGCACUUCUCCUGUAUUUGUAAUAGCAGCCGCUCUGCACUUCUGACACAUAGAACACACAACCCUCCUCCCGCCCCUCUUCUUCUGCGUCGCACUGUAUUUACUACUCUUAGCAGCACGCACGUCGCUGCAUACGUUUCUCUGGCACCGAUCCUCAUACGCCCUUGCUCCGACACCACAAAUAUCAAAGGAAUGCUAUCCAUCAUUGC